CCUUUCCGCCCCGUUGUGUCUGAUACUGGACUAUGCGACCUAUCCGUGCGCUCUCUCACAUAUACAAGAUACUGAGGUGAUCGUAUAACACUACAUUUCCUCUGGGCCAACCUGAAAGGUAUUGAAAAGAAGACUAUUAAAAAGCGGUGUCACACGGCUCGGACCACAUACAUACCGGAGUGAAGCGACAUCGUUUCGCUUUUACUUUGUCCUCGAGGAUGGCAGCUCAGGAUUUCAAUUUUUUACUUGCGACGGAUUCUUAUAAGAUUACCCACUACAAGCAAUACCCACCCAAUGUCAAUAAAGUCUACUCCUAUUUUGAGUGUCGGCGCAAAAAGGGGGCGCAGUUCAGUGAGGUGGUGUUUUUUGGCCUCCAGUAUCUCCUGAAGAAAUACCUAGCAGGUCAAGUUAUCACAGAGGAAAAGAUUCAGCAGGCGAAAGUCUUUUAUCAGAUGCACUUUAAACAGGCAGUGUUCGAUGAAGAGGGAUGGAGAAAAGUUUUAGAGAAAUAUGAUGGCCGCCUUCCAAUCCGUAUCAAAGCAGUUCCCGAGGGGAAGAUCAUUCCCAGAGGGAACGUUCUUUUCACCGUGGAGAACACAGAUCCAGAUUUCUUCUGGCUCACCAAUUAUAUUGAGACGAUGCUGGUCCAAAUGUGGUACCCCAUCACCGUGGCAACAAUGUCCAGGGAGUUCAAAAAGAUUCUGGCCAAGCACCUGAAGGCCACGUCAGGGAGCCUGGAGGGUCUGGACCUCAAGCUGCAUGACUUUGGCUACAGAGGGGUGUCCUCACAAGAGUCGGCAGCACUUGGUGGAGCUGCACAUCUGGUGAAUUUCUGCAGCACAGACACAGUGGCUGGUCUGCUGAUGGCACAGCAAUACUAUGGAUGUCCUAUGGCCGGAUUCUCCAUCCCUGCUGCGGAGCACAGUACCAUCAUCUCCUGGGGUAGGAGCCGAGAGAAGGACGCAUUCGAGUGUCUGCUGGACCAGUUUCCCUCUGGGCCUGUAGCUGUGGUUAGCGACAGUUAUGACAUUUUUAAGGCUUGUAAGCAUAUCUGGGGGGACAAGCUGAAAGAGAGAGUGAUGGAGAGGAGUGAGGAUUCUGCUCUCAUUAUUCGCCCAGACUCCGGGGACCCCGCUGAGACCCUCAUCGAGGUGAUAAAGAUUUUGGAGGAGUGUUUUGGAUGUUCUCUGAACUCAGUUGGUUACAAGGUGCUCCCAUCAUACCUGCGCAUUAUCCAGGGGGAUGGAAUUGAUCUGAACUCGAUUAAUGAGAUUCUGGAGAAACUAAGCGAUGAGGGUUGGAGUGCUGAAAAUGUGUUUUUCGGUUGUGGAAGUGCACUCCUGCAGAAAAUCAACAGGGACACGCUUAACUGCGCUUUCAAGUGCAGCUAUGUGGAGACCCAUGGCAAAGGCAUGGACGUCUAUAAGCAGCCAGUGACGGACCCAUCUAAAGGAUCCAAGCGUGGCCGUCUCUCACUGAGGAGAAACUCAGAUGGCUGCAUUGAGACAGUGGAAAGAGGAGCGGGCAAACCAGAGGAGGACAUGUUGGUGACUGUGUUUGAAAAUGGGACCAUCCUGCAGGAAUACACUCUGGAUGAGAUCCGUAAAGCUGCUCAGCUUUGGGAGGAAGACGUGAGCCCUUCCCAACACAACAAAGAAGACGGCACUACUCUGGACAUCCACCAGAAGCACAUAAUGAAUGGUGUGCGUUAAUAAACACAGUAUGCACGCUGUUCUCAACACUGCCGCUCACAGACCAACCACUGAUGUACUCGAGUAUAGCAGAACGCAGUGCUGCCAAUACACUAUACAAUUACAUAUCGCAUCUGACUUUUAGACUUUUGAGGCAACCCGUAAAUUUUGGAUUUUUUUUUUUUUUUUUUUUUUAUUGGUUCCUCCUUUAUUUUCACCACUCUUUGAGGUGCCAAAUGUCUUUGUUGGUGCUUUAGCAUGAAUAUGUUACAGCAGUAUACUGACGGCAGGGUUUGCUUUCAGUUGAUUGUAAUGUUGUUAAAGCAUCACCUGGCAGUACAUUGAUAAAUGAAGGAAACUUCAUUUGAGGUGAUCUAAUGAUCGUAUCUGGGCUUCUGUACCAGCGCUUCUGCACAUGAUUCUGGUUUCUGAUGUGAUGUACACUAAAAUUGCAAAAAUUAGAUUUAAAAAUCACUAUCUGUUUAACUUUUUUAAAGGAUUUUGGGUGUUCUUUUAAUCAUUUUUUGUAGAUGCCCAUAAUGCCAAGAUAGCAAUGAUGCAUUUUUUACUUUAAAAAAAUAUAUUUUACAUAGAUACAGACUUGAAGAUUACCCACCUUCUUGCCUACCUUCUUGCUGUUACAUAACUCCCUUAUAGUUGCUUCCUGACCUAUCAGAAUAAUAUUUUUGUUUAGAGAUGGACAAAUGUCUUCUCUGGAGUUUUAUAGGACGGUAAAUUGAUCUUGAUGUUAUAAUUACUACCUUAAUGGAGUACAUGCUGCAUAGAAAAGUUUCCCUGCUAAUACUUAUAGAGUGAUUUAUGUGGAGUUGGUUUUAGACUUCCAUCUGAGAUGCACGGAAUACAUCAUAAGAACACUUCCCAGUGUUCUGUCUCCAUACAGCUGCUGAUGGUGCCUUAAAAGCCACUCGGACCUCAAUGCCGGUCCCUCUUUCUUGCUUUGUCUUUUCCUCCCAUUGUUUUUCACACUUAAAGGGAUAGUUCACCCAAAAAUUAAAAUUCUGUCAUUUGCUCACUCUCAAGAUGUUCCAAACCUGUAUGAAUUUCUUUUUUCUGCUGAACACAAACUAUGGAAGUCAAUGGGGACCAUCAACUGUUUGGUUACCCACAUUCUUUAAAAUAUCUUCUUUUGUGUUCAGCAGAAGAAAGAAAUUCAUACUGGUUUGGAACAACUUGAGGUUGAGUAAAUGAUGACAGAAUUUUCUUUUUUAUGUGAUUAUCCCUUUAAUAUUGUCCAUCACGCUCAUCCUUCCCUAUGUUCUCAUUCUAUGUGACUCACAUAUGAAUGAUGUUCAGAUAUUUUUUUUCCUGUUGCCUUAUGUUUUUUGCUGUCAAGCUUCUGUCACAUUUGACAUCUAUAUGCUGAUGCAGAAUGAGAUGUGCAGUGGGUUUAAUUACAGUGUACACUGACUAUUGUGUCAUCAUCUUAGUGUUCAAUAAUGGAAAUGACUUAUUUCUGAUUCGUUCCAGACAUCUGAAAUGAAGCUGUUGACCCUACCUCUUUUUUUUAACUAAUAAGACUGUAUAUUAAUAUGAAGUGAUGAUCAUUAUACUUAAAUAGCAUCUAUUCUGUUGUGUAAAUACUCUUUAAUGGUAGUUUGAAUGAUAAAUUUUGUCUUGAAGUUUUAGCGUUCCUGUUGCAUUUUUUGAUUUUACAAAAGUAAUAUUUUGAAUGACAAAAAGACUAUAAUAAAUAUGGAUUGAACUUC